GGUAGUUUCUUAAAUAAUAGUCCAUGUACAAUAUACACUUACUGCUUUAAGUAGCAGUAAUUAGUACUUUAGCUUUUGUAGGCUGUAGCACGUGCUAGCGCGUUGUGGGAAGUCAUGCGGGAUGUGGUUUCUUAAUGACCUGGCUAGCCAAAACACGCUUUAAUAAAUCUAAACGCGUAAAGUCCCGGUACCUACUUACCUAGAUAGACACCUCGAUAGAUAACCUUUGACCUUUGACCACACACGGGCACUUCGAAUCUUCCCUUCGCCUUGGUGACGAGCCUUCACGCAUAUCUCCAAUAGCGCCACUUCAUGUACCUUCGCGUCCAUCAAUGGCAAUGGCUGCGGCUGUGCAGGUUAUGCAGAGCUCUGCAUCUUUAAGUCGCCAGCAAGCGCCUUCCACCGCCCCGGUCCUCGAAUUCGCAUGCCUCUUCACACGCGACCUUCGAAGGAAACAGAAACGCUGGCAAGAUGGAAGAUUGAAGUAUCAUACGUUCAACAAACGUAUUAUGGUAUACGAUGAUCACGGCAACUUUGUAGGAGAUGCACAUUGGCGUGAGGACUACGACUUGAAUGACGGCGACGAGGUCGAGCUCGAGAGGGGAGGUGUGAUUGUCCAAGUUUCUGAAUGUACUGGCAGUCGGGAUCAAGAUCUAUCUGAACUGGUGGACAAGAGGGCCCAGGAAAAGGCCGAACGACAUGCCGCUGCCCUUGCGCGUCGACCCCCCGCGCUUGACUCUGCCCCUACAUUUCAAGCUGUCGCCCCUCACUUUCAGCUACGGCAUAAACCUCUCCAUCAUUUGAUCGGCACGCCUACUGGACACCAUGGGCGUGCGCUCAUGCCCACCGAAUCUCCGUACGAAGAAAGGCAGAAAAUGAGUGUGCCGCCACAAGAUAGCACCACGCGCCCUGCGAAACGAAGGAAGCGAGAAGUGUCGCCCCCAAGCAAGGGCGGUUACGCACAGAGCUUGUUCGGCGCCGCGCUUACACUUUCCGGCACGCCGACAAGCACUCCAUCAAUACGGAGUAGACCUCCGAAGGCUUCGCCUGAUCCCGAUCAUCAUGAUGAGGAUGAGGAUUCUGCGCCUAUUCUAACACGUCCAAUAGCCAUGGCUACAACCAUUUCGAAAGAAAUGCUGGACCGUGCGCCCAGAACCAUUCUCUUAAACAAAAUAUCACGAGUACCAGAAGCUCUGGUGCAGGAUAUGAAUGAGAUCCAAUUUCCAUCGCUUCCUAUUGAGAGUGGUACGGUCCCCGAUGAGCAACAUAAUCUCACUGGUAGCACUAGACGACUGGGAUUGGAACGAAAUGGGAAGGCCAGGAGACGAGUCGUAGAGGACGACUCACUGCACCCGACAUCAGUGAAUUCAAAUGCAACAGACUUAAAUCCCGAUAAAUCAAAUCCUACGCGACUAAAGGGUAAGUGCGACGUGCUUGAUGAUGUGCCCUCAGCAACAUCUUCAGGAAGCAAAAAGCCCAAGCAUCCAUCCUUGGUACCAAAAUCUAAGACAUCCGUUCGGAGCCAAGGUCUGUCUGCGGUAUCCAGUCUUAGAAAUAUGCCAAACCCGACAGGCCCCAACCAAGAGUCCUGGGGGUCGGAUCACAAACAAACCAUAAGCGAACCAAGGACUGAGCUGCGCAUUAAGCCGAGAAAGAAACGAGGUUUGUUGAUGAUCUCCGAAAACUUGGAGACUUGCAAUUCGUCUUCAUUAAGAGUAGCCAAGAACCGAAUCGACCGCCAGGAUCCAUCUACCCUCCUAGUCGACAAAGCGACGAGACAUUUAAAUAAUAAUGUGUCUGAUAGAAACGGAUCCUUAGGCAUCGAAAGCAGCGAAGAUAAUCAUUCUCGGCGAAAGAAAGAGAAUACUAUUAACUCAACUAAGGGCAUCAACAAGAGGUCUUCCGGUCCAGCUAAGACCGACCUACACGACCGCCAAAACACUGCUAAUCAUGAAGGUCAUCUGGCAAAACAACUGGAUACUAGCCAUUUUCUGCGGAGGGCAGGAUCAAGUGAUGAAGAACCAUUUUCGACACAUAGUGUAUCAUCAACAAAACCGAAAUCAAGGGAAAGACAAAAUAGGGAGAUGAGGAGGGAUAAGCAAUAUAGUCCGACCGAUGAAGAGAGCGAAGACGUUCCGGAUAUUUCAAGUCCUGUUAUCCAAGACGAAUGUGGACGUCUUGAGAAGGUGUCUCAUUCUCAUCACGACAAAAUAAGCGAUAGACGUACGACAAUGCUUGAGUCCGCACAUGAGGACGCUGAUCUAACUAGCACAGCUGGAUCCCCCAAGCGUAGAAGACAAUCAUCUAGAAAGAAGAAGAAAGCUCCAACAGAGGACGAUAUAGAUCCUUCAAUGACGAAGAGAUGCGACGACAAGAAGGACGAGGAAGACUUCUUAUUCGGGAACGUACCUGCUCCUCGCCUUGCUCAUCUGGGUCGUAAGAGCAUACGUAGUAGGGAGGUUAUUGGGUUUAUUUUCGACGAUGAAGACAUAAUUGACUGCGGAGGACUUCCACAGAGCGGGGAUGGAGGUAAAUGUGGCAAAGAGAGUCUCGCUCAUCACUUGUCCGCGGACCAUUUGGGAGAACAGGCUACCAAAUUCGAGGCGAAUCGCACGAAUAUGAUAACGACAGAUGGUAACCGCAUCAAUGCAAACGAUCAUUGUCAAGAUUACUCCCCCAUCAAAGAAAUAAAAGUUGCCGAGGAUUGUACUAUUCCUCGGUCUACCGAUCGCCGAAACACAGACACAGCCGAUGUGGAAGCAACAUCGAAGUUUUUGCGGGAAAAGGCCAAGUCUGGGGUGGCUCAAACAGAUGCGUCUUUAGACAUGCAGGCUCCUGUGCUUGAGAACGCGGCAGCGGUCUCACAACCAUCUUCGAGAAUAGUGGUCAACCCCGCCACUCGAGGUAAGAAGGCUGCCAAGCCUUCGGAUGCUGCCGGUCAAGUUCCGCAGUGUCCUUUACCUUCAGAAGCGGUGGCGGGAAAUCCCUCGAUUUCUGGGAAGCACGAAGAUGAUAGACGGCGGUCUAGAGUGGAGAACCGGGUCAAAGAAGCUACCAUUACCCCGAUGCCCGGGUUUGCUAGAGCAAAUGGAGGGCCAUGGAGUAGAGAAGCCCAUGAUCUAUUUGAAUUCACUCGGCCGCCAUGACGGGUGUACGAGUUACCUUAAUCUGGGCGUUUACAAGCUCGAGGAGUUGUGACGGGGAGUGUGGCCGACGAGUGCCAACUAGGACUGCACAAACUCACAUUACGCAAGGCAAUUGCUUGUAGCAAGCAUAAGAGCAACUUGGCAAUUUGUACCUCCCAACGCCUAACUAGUGAGAAUGACCGUCGCGGAUGACAACACUUCCUGGUAUAUCAAUUCUAAAGGGAAAAGACCCCUCCACGGAUCUGGGGUUGUUAGGAGUUCCACCUCGUCGUUCAGGGCAAUUAGCAAGGUAGCAAGGUAGCGUCGAGAGAAAACCCCCCAUUUCGACUUGACCGCUGAAAUAGCCCGCCGAUGAUGUUAUAUAUUAAGACGCGCAAUAUACCACCUAUCAAGCACCAUGGUUGAGUCAAUCUAAAAAUCAGAUGAACGAUUUGCUACGUGUCAAGCGGGAUCUAGCCAUUUUGGUAUUUAUUACUUACAAUACUCGAAUACUUAGUUUCCACUUCCUUUAUGAGGUACAUAUAUAUAUGUACGUAGUUGCAUGGCUACAAGGCUACUACGUACAGUAGUACAUGGGCCAUCUACGUAUGUAGGUGGGGUGUCACACCCUGCCGCCCUACUUGAAUAUUGAAUAGUUCUCCUCAACCCAUC